AUUUCUGUUAUUCUUCGGAACAAGCAGCUACGUUCCUCUAUGAAUUUAAUCUUGCUGAACAUGAGUGUCUGUGACAUGACAAUCUCUGUCACAGGGACACCGUUGACCUUUGUUGCGGCUGUGUACCGAAGGUGGAUAUUCGGAGACCUCGUUUGUGAAGUUUACGGCUUCGCCAUGUCUGUAGUAGGUAUGACACAAAUUGGAACUUUGACAGCCAUAGCAGUGGAACGUUAUAUUAUCAUGUCGAAACCUUACAGCUCGACGAGAAUGACACCGAAGCGCUCUGGUUUAAUUAUUGCUUGUACAUGGUUUUACUCGUUAGGCCUGUGUUUGCCGCCACUGUUCGGCUGGAGUCACUACAUCCUAGAACCACCAGGGAUUGGUUGUUCCGUGGACUGGCUGUCAACAACAAAAAACAAUGUAUCUUACAUUAUUUACCUCUUUACAGUUGGUUUCGCAAUUCCUGUAUCUGUCAUGGUCUUCUGCUACAGCCAUAUCAUCUGGAAGGUUCGUAAGGCUCCAAGAAGGACAGGAAAAAGUCAUGCUGAAAGAGCUGAACAGCGGCUAACACUGAUGGUUGCCACGAUGAUAAUUUCGACGCUGACAGCCUGGACCCCGUACGCUGUCGUCUCUUUAAUCAUGGCACUAGGAUUCUCUCAUGUUCUUGGACCAUUGUCUACUGUUAGUCCCGCCAUAUUCGCCAAGAGUAGCGUUGUUUAUAAUCCAAUCGUCUACUUCUUCUUAAAUCCCCAGAUACAGAAGGCAAUGAUGAAUUGCAGCAAAUGUUACCAAACUAACAUCGCAUCUCAACCUCAGCAAGAAAUCAGUUUAGUGACCAAUAAUCUCACCGGUAGAUGGAACCCAACUACUGAAAACCAAUCGCCUCUACGUUCAGAACAAAAUGCAAGUUUUUUGAAAAGAAGUAAUCAAUAACGCUGUCUAAAUAUCAAGUGACUCUA